CGCCCGCGAGGAAGCGUAGAGGCGGCGGGAACCUGGGUCGGGGUCUCGCUCUGUGUUGACCACGACCCAGGGCCGAGUGGGCUAUGGGGGAGCCCGGUUCCUUGGUUACGGGAGACCGCGCCGGUGGCCGGAGCUGGUGUUUGCGGCGGGUGGGGAUGAACGCCGAGUGGCUGCUGCUGGAGGAUGGAAACGAGGUGACUGUAGGGCGAGGAUUUGGUGUCACAUACCAACUGGUAUCAAAAAUCUGCCCUCUGAUGAUUUCCCGAAACCACUGUGUUUUGAAGCAGAAUGCCGAGGGCCAGUGGACAAUUAUGGACAACAAGAGUCUGAAUGGUGUUUGGCUGAACGGAGAACGUCUAGAACCUUUAGAGAUAUAUUCUAUUCAUAAGGGAGACCACAUCCAGCUUGGGGUGCCUCUGGAAAAUAAGGAGAAUGCAGAGUAUGAAUAUGAAGUUACUGAAGAAGACUGGGAACGGAUGUAUCCUUGUCUUGCCCCAAAGAAUGGCCAGAUGAUAGAAAAAAAUAAGGGCCUGAGAACUAAAAGGAAAUUUAGUUUUGAUGAAUUAGAGGGUCCUGGAGCUGAAGGCCCCUCAAAUUUGAAAUCCAAAAUAAGUAAAGUGUCUUGUGAACCUGGUCAACCAGUGAAGUUACAUGAGAAAGGUGAAGUGGUCAGUCCACCCUCUGAAUAUUUGAAUCCUAAGUUGACUUCUCUUGAGCCAAGUGAGAAGACCACAGGGGCUCACGUUUACCCUGGCCCCGCAGAAGUCGUAGAGCUUCAUCGAAAGAAGCAGAAAGCCUCAAACCCUUCAGCAUCUCAGAGCAGCUUAGAGCUGUUUAAGGUGACCAUGUCCAGGAUUCUGAAGCUGAAAACACAAAUGCAGGAAAAGCAGGUAGCUGUUAUGAAUGUGAAAAAGCAGACCCAAGAAGGGAACUCAAAGAUGAUUGUGAAAAUGGAGCAGGAACUGCAGGAUUUACAGUCCCAGCUCUGUGUAGAACAGGCCCAGCAGCAGGCCAGAGUGGAGCAGCUAGAGAAGACUUUCCAGGAAGAGCAGCAGCAUCUCCAGGGCUUGGAGAAAGAGCAAGGAGAAGAGGACCUGAAGCACCAGCUGGCCCAGGCUCUGCAGGAGCAUCAGGCUCUAAUGGAAGAGCUAAAUCGCAGCAAGAAGGACUUUGAAGCAAUCAUUCAAGCCAAGAACAAAGAAUUGGAGCAGACCAAGGAAGAGAAGGAGAAGGUGCAAGCACAGAAGGAGGAAGUUCUUAGCCAUGUGAAUGACGUGCUAGAGAAUGAGCUCCAGUGUAUUAUUUGCUCAGAAUACUUCAUUGAGGCUGUCACCUUGAACUGUGCCCAUAGUUUCUGCUCCUAUUGUAUCAAUGAAUGGAUGAAGCGGAAGAUAGAAUGCCCCAUUUGUCGGAAGGACAUCAAGUCCAAAACUCACUCCCUGGUCCUGGACAAUUGCAUUAAUAAGAUGGUAGAUAAUCUGAGUUCAGAAGUGAAAGAACGACGAAUUGUCCUCAUUAGGGAACGGAAAGCAAAGAGACUGUCCUGAAGACUGCUCCAUUUGAAAGACUGCCAGGCAAUGGGAGCUUGGGAUGGUCGGGCGGAUUCUCUGUGGACGGGUCUUGGGCUACUCUGAGACAGAGCGUGGGAUAGAGCCACGUGGAAGAGAGACUGAGUUAGGAAGUCCUCCAUCAGGAGCCUUCCACGUUGGCCAGCCCUGCUGCCACCAUUGUCUAAAGCACCACUGGUACUCACUGCACCGACUGCUUCAGGGUACUUAAUAGACUCUGCUUCACUACAUGUUGAAUGGGUUAUAGAGUUCUGUUCUGCUUUUUAAAUUUGUUGUUGUUUUGUUUUGGUACCUCAGAAGCACCUCUGUUGACAUUUGUUUUGGACAGGUUGGGUGUACCCCUGUGGCUGUCCCUGAAGGCUAAGGCAGCCUCUAUUUGAGAGGAUGGCAUACCUCUUCUUUGUGAAAAUAAGAUGUCAUUUCCUGGAAAUAAAAUGUAAAACCUA